AUGGAUAUCGUUUACCACCCCGGCGUAAAUGGAUCCGAUCCCUGGGUCGAAUUCUAUCCCUAUACACCGUCUGCCACGGCCGGCUAUGCCUUCGUGGCGAUUUUCGGAAUCUCGACCAUAGUGCAUCUCGUGCUGAUGUUCCCCUUCCGUGCUGCAUACUUCAUACCCUUAGUACUGGGCGGAAUAUGUGAAGCAUUCGGUUACUACGGCAGAGCAUGGUCCCACGAGUCACGAACCGAGAUCAAGUCAUGGAUAUUGCAAGAAAUGCUCAUCAUGUGCGCGCCACCACUCAUCGCCGCUACAGUCUACAUGGUCCUCGGUCGCAUAAUCCGCUCCUUCGACGCCGAGCAUCUAUCGAGCAUGCGAGUCAAAUGGCUCACAUUUGUCUUUGUCAUGAACGACGUUCUCACUUUCUGCACACAAAUUGGCGGUGCCGGUGUCCAGGUUACCGGAGAUGCCAAUGUCAUGAAUAUUGGCAGGAAGGUUGUUCUCGCUGGCUUGAUCUUCUCUCUGCUCGUAUUUGCCUUGUUCCUUUACAUUACGGCGAAGUUCCAUCGACGACUUCAGCGAAUGCCUACACCUCUGAUCCAGCAGAACCCUAAUUUUCACUGGCAGCGGUAUAUGGUGGCAAUGUAUGUCGCCUGUUUUUCGAUGAUGAUUCGAAACUUAGUGCGGACUAUUCAGUUUGGUGCCGGUCAAACAGCCGAUGUCAAUACCAAGGAGGCUUAUAUCUAUGUCUUUGAUGCCUUUUUGAUGUUUUUGACUAUGCUUGUGCUGAUGGUUUAUCAUCCUGGUCGACUGAUUAAGAAGGCUCGUCGCCUGACCAAAAUGUUGGGAAAUUCGAUGCCAGCGCCAGAAUUUGUACAAUGGCCCAACACGUACGAUGCGCCAUCAGCAAUGCUCCCAAAGGAGUUCAAUGUCUUCGACUUCUUAGACUAUUCAAGCAUAGGAUUCGUCAUCCUCGACGGGCAGGUCUGCGAGGAACUCUUCAUCCCACUUUGGGUUCAGCUUGAGGAGCUCCUCGUGGACUUCUUCAAUGGUGCCGUUUAG